AUGGACCGCCCCCCAACGGCACGAGAAGGAUUGUCGAAUUUGGUCAAACGCAAAACGUCCGCUGGCACGCAACGACGCCGGACGCCGUCUGUCAGCUCGCUGGACAGAGUCUUCGCAACACAUUCGGAACCCUUGGCACCAUCCGAGCCCGAAGCUCGUAGGCAAGCUCCUCUGAUUGGCAGUGAGCCUACGAAUGAGGAUGACACGUACGGCCUCAUCGAGAUGCGUGAUAGCUUCUUCGACGCUAUCUUCAGCGUGCCGAAUAGUGUUGAACCAGCGGAGAUUUUGAAGCAAGCACAGGCAACAUUGCCCUUCGCAUUCCGGAAGAGGGAUCCGUUGUCGCUCAGCGGCUUUCUUCCCAAGCAGUGGCGUGAAAUCAGGGGCGUCGUUCGCCGUGUCACCACCACUCGGGCUGGCAUCAAGUUACUUAAAUCGUUCGCGGCAUUCUACUUCGCCUACAUUUUGUGUCUCGUUCCAAGCGUCAGGGGUGUUCUCGGCAAUCACUACUACAUCACGGCUGUGUCUACCAUUCUUGGCCAUCCUGGACGGGUAGUCGGUGCACAGGUCGACGGAGCUGUCCAAACCAUCAUUGGCACAGCUACAGGCCUGGGAUGGGGCGCCCUGGGUUUAUGGAUAUCAACAUCCACUACCAAGGCUCGUGACGGCUACGGAGGCGUCCUGGCAACGUUUUUGUUCCUAUAUAUCUUUGUCAUUGGCUUCAUCCGGACCUACUACAUACGCACAUACCAAGGCAUCAUUUGUGCCGGGAUAGCCAUUGCCUAUACAUGCUUGGCCGAUGUCUCAGCCAACGAAGUGUCAUGGGCGAAGCUUCUGGACUUCGCCAUUCCUUGGGCCCUUGGCCAAGCCAUUGCCUUGUGUGUGUGCGUUGUGGUGUCUCCUGAUGCUGGCGCACGCCCUCUUGCAGUGGCACUACAUCAAGCCUUUGAAGUCAUGCUGGAUGGACUAGUCGUUGCAGGAAGCGACCACCGCAGGAUGCGCCGCAGGUUAGCAUCAACGUUUGUCAACUUGUCGCAAGCCUACCGAGAUCUCAUCCUGGAUAUCUCCAUCACGUAUUUUGACCCCAAGGACGUGUUCGACCUACGGAAUCUUAUUCAGAACGUGCUCCGCUCACAGCUCAGCCUCCAAAACGAGACUCGGCUUUAUGAGGGCCUUGGCCGCUCAGCAGAGAUUGGAGGCAGGCCGAUUCUGGACGAGUUCGUCGUCAGCGUGAAUCUGGAACCAGCUUCAGUCGAGCAGAACGAAGAGCUCGAGUUGAUGAAGUUUGUCGCCAGUUAUCUUGCAAAUCCUACCGAAACGCUUCUAGGAGCCAUGAGGGAAGCAUUGAAGAGUUGUGACGCUGUUCUCAUGGACAUGAGCGGCCUUCGUCAAUAUCUAGGUCCAGCACACGAUGUUUCAAAUGAUGUGGCAGGCGCUCUCGUCACCUUGAGAAAGGGGAUCAUUGAGUUUUCGCGCUGUCAAGACACUGUGCUGGCUAGCGAGCGCCUCCCUGCGUCUUAUGGCCAGCUGCCGGAACUUGUCAAGCUUUUUGCCUUUUGUCGCCCGGUGCAUCAGACAGCUUCUGCCAUUGAGGCACUGCUAGUCAAGGUCAACAAUAUGCAGCAACGAAAGCCGAGAUAUCCUCGCUUUCACUGGCCGUCUUAUCCCGCUGCCAGAAGUCUAUUUCGAAACAACGCACAAGUCCGACAUGAUCGAGGCGGUGUAACAGCGGGAGCAUAUUUCAGGAGCUUCAAUGAGAUCGCGGAGCUCAUCCAAAAGAUCAAAUCGCGGAACUUUCAGCCACUCCCCCGCACCAACUAUGCUUCCAAGGGCUCCCGCGAUGAAGCGCAUGCAACAAUGACAGCGGACGAACUAGAGGACGAUAGCCCUACCAAGCGAACCAAGAUCCGAUAUGGUGUUUGGAAGGCCCUGCACCGCCUGCAGGGCUUCGAGACAAGGUUCGGCUUGAAGACGGCAGCUGUCACGACGCUGUUGUCAGUUCCUGCCUGGCUUACGAAAGAUAGUGACUGGUGGAAUACAUAUGAGGCAUGGUGGGCCGUAGUCAUGGCGUGGUUGAUCAUGGGAUCACGAACUGGGGGCAAUAUUCAGGAUCUGAUGAUGCGAUCGUUCUGUGCUGUCCUCGGAGCAGUUUGGGCAGGCCUAGCAUUUGCGGCGGGAAACGGCAGUCCUUAUGUCAUGGCUGUGUUCUGCCUUAUAUAUAUGCCUCCGAUGCUAUAUCGAUAUACACAAAGCUCUCAUCCGAGGUCUGGCCUGGUCGGCUGCUUGGCAUUCACGACAAUUUCCUUGACGCUAAAUACGGCACCCGAGGACACAUCACACAUUUCCAUUGCGGCAAUCCGCGGCGCUGCCAUGGUCGUCGGCGUAGUGGCCUCGAUACUCGUGAACUGGAUUUUGUGGCCUUUUGUUGCCCGACACGACCUUCGAAAAGGAAUUUCAUUAAUGCUCUUCUACUCGAGCAUUGUUUACCGAAGUAUCGUCUCAAAGUACGUCUACUACGAAGCAGGGAGGGAACCGACUCAAGAGGACAUAGAUGCUUCAGAGCAACUUGAAGGCCGACUUCGUGAAGGGUUUGUUCGUUUGCGCCAACUCCUCGGCUUGACACGACAUGAGAUCCGACUUCGGUCGCCCUUUGACCCGCUCCCAUACUCUGGUCUCAUCGAUGCUUCGGAGCGCUUCUUUGAGCACGUUGUUGCUCUCAGACAGGCUUCUCUAUUCUACCACCCAAAAUUCAUACGAGAUAACGCGGAAGCUGCCGCAGAGCUGCUGCCAUACCGCAGAGACGCCAUUGCAGCCAUUCUCACAAACCUCUAUGUUUUGUCAGGGGCGCUCCGAGCGAAUCGGAAGAUGCCGAAAUACCUACCUAGCGCAGCAGCCGCGCGGGCGCAGCUUUUACAGAAGAGCAGCGAGCUACAGGACCGCAUAGAUGCUGACGAAGAGGUUGAGAAGGAGGAGAAGGCCGAGAGCCGGAAAUGGUCGCAGAUCUACAGCUACUCGUACAAUGAGAGCCUGACAGGUUGUGUUGAGCAGCUCGAGGAGCUAGAAAAGUACACAAAGGCCAUUGUCGGGGAACAAGGGUUUGAUUGCGGCUUCCUAGACACGUCCUUGAGCUAG